AACAAAGGACUUUACCAAAGCCAAUAUUUUAACUCUGUGCUCUGCUUAUCAUGCUUAUAACUUGAAGACUUCAAGAAAGCUGAGGAAGAAAGAAUUGGGUAAUGCAUUGGUAAAUGCAAUUAUUUCUUGUGAUUCAAUGCCUAAUUCACAUGCUAUAAUGAAUAACACAUCUACCUCAAAAAGAAAGCGUGUGCAAAGACAAAAAAUACCUGGGAAAGGGAAAGGAAAAGGAAAAGGAAACCGAAUGCUAAAACGAUACAAUUGCGCAUUGUGCAAGAAGGAAUAUAUUGGAAAUGAUGAUUGGAUUGAAUGUGAUAGAUGUAACCAGUGGUACCACAGGUCAUGUGCUGAACUAGAAGAUGAGCAGGAGUGGCAAGACAUUCAAGAAUCAGACUGGGAUUGGGAAUGCAAGACAUGUACAGGAUAGAAGAGGCCGGCACAUCCUUAUCAAUAUCAUUAACAGAGUCUGACCACUUUUCUAACCAAUCUUCAAAGGAAGCAAGAUCAUUGAGUCUUUGGUCAAGAAUGUCUGCCACUGGUCUACGGUCUCUGAAAAUCUGGAUAACUUUGCUGGUGAUUGCUCCAGACAGUUUUUAUAUCUUUGAAGUAAAUUUUCGCAUGGUAAUAUUAGCAUACCGCUACUGCGCAGGGUGGAAUAACCAUGAGGGGAUCUGUUCCACAAGAUGCAGCAUCAGUGUUAAGACGCUUGGUAAUGAAGUACGGAAAUAUAAUUAUGUCUGUUUCAUUGGCCAGUGAUACUGGUAAUAAUUCAUAUCUAACAAAGUUGUUGAGCAGAAGCACAGUGUAAAGCCAUCCAGUAGAGGUCUUGAAGCUGUUCACUUGGAAACUAUAAAUAUUCAUUCCUGCAGAACGGUUGAGAAGCAUCAACAUGAAAAGUGAAGAAAAGCUUACAGUGCUUGUGUUAGUGUAAAAGCUAUUAGUUACCUUAACAAUUCACAUAUAUGAUUUUUCACAUGAACACAUUUACAGUAUGAACUAUAAUCUUGCACUGAAAUAUAGCAGACUUUUACAAUUCCUGUCAUACCCAUAAUAAAACAACCUUGAUAACUUAAAGAUGGUCAUGAAAAAUUAAUAGACUGUGAAAUGAUUAACUUUGCAUGGGUUCUGAUUAUAUUUUAUUAUUUAUAUUCAUAAACAUAAAAAUACAUUUCCUUUUAGUUAUACCAGCUAUCAAUAUAAAUGUAAGGUACUAAAGGUAAAAUAAAACCAUAGAAUUAUUGCAGAAUUUUAGUUUACAGAAAAAUUGUUUUUGUUUUGUUUCAUUUGCACUAACUCAAUCAUAAGUCAUGUGGCAACUUUCGAGGUUGGUGGUGGAGGAAGACCUAGGUGCCCGUCUCUACAGGUUUUAUCACAAUCAGGCACCAUGCUAGAACCACCAACACUUUAUAAACCCACUUAAUUGCUUCCUCACAAGAACUUAGACAUACAGUGAGGGGCAAGUGACUCAAAGUCAGCAUCCUUAACAACUUGGCCAUGCAGGCUCUCAGUAAAAUUGUACCUCCCUUUAUAUAUAUAUAUAUAUAUUUAUUUACCAGCACAAUAAAUUAUAAUUUAUAUAUUUAAACAAUGCAGUCUGUACUCUAUUGUAACAAAAAAGUCAGAAACUUUCAGAAUUACAUUUGACAAAUACAUAAUUAUGUCAUCUUUUUAUCUGGAUUUGCAUUUUUAAGAUAUUUUCAAACAAAAACUCAGUUUGAAGGACAAAUUAUUGUUUAGCAUCUUGAGGUCAGUGCCUUUAAAUGUGCUGAAACAGACUUUGCUGAACAAAUGUAUCUUUUUAAAACUUUAUCAGUUGAUCAUUUACACUUGUGUUCACUAGAUUUUUACUGCAUGUAUUUUUCAAAAUUACACUUUCUUGUUCUGGUUGCAGUUUAAGCAUAAGUAAGAAUUAAAUAAACACUGUUGCUUAGGUAAUAAUAUGAAAACUAGCACUAAUUUUUUUAAAACUUAUUUAAGAAUUGCAUUUACUGUACAUACUUUGCGGAAAAAAUUAUAAAUGCAAGUUUAUACAAUUCUAAUUACCUCCCUUCCUUGUGCACCCACGAUAAAUUCAAACAGAUGAAUAACAAAAGUUUCAUGCUGUUUUAAUUUGUUUCAAGUAGUUGAUAUAUCCCAAUAUUUUCCAAAUGUAAAUGUAAAACUAUGAAUUGUAUCGAAAUCAAAAGAAAAAGACCAUUUUUACAUAUUUUUUAUAAUAAAGGGAGGUAAUUACAAAAUUCAUAAAAGUGAUAACAAAUGCAUUUUCAAUAGGGAUUUCAUUCUAAACUGUAAUCAAUGUUUGUAUUUUCAUUUUUUUCAAUAAAUCUGGAAAACAAAAUGUAUUUAAACUGAAAAUGUAUUUACAUGUUCUUAAAAUGUGAUUGCAUAACCAAAUAAAAAAGAAAUCCUGAGUGGCCCAAACAAUUUCAAUCUUGCCAUGGAAAAAUUUACAGUUAUGGGCCAAUCUGAUAUAAAGAUUUAUAGUAAAGGCAGUUUACCUCCAGUACAUGCUACAAACGCUUCACAAUUUUGAAAGUGAAGUUAAAAAAAAGUCUCAUUUAACUCAAUAACAUGUCAUCUGUCAUUAACUAAGAUUCAAAACCUUCAUAAGAAUUUUUUAUAGCUGAAAUUCUCUCAUCUUUUGUCAUUCUAUGUUGUGGAGGUCAGUGUCUUUAAACAGCACAGACAGACUGUAAAUAAUUAUGCACAAUUGGUAAGUGCAGUUCAUUUCAGUAGAGAUUGUUGUAUUAUGCAAUUUGCUUGUACAUAAACACAAAUGUCACACAAGGAGAAAUACUGUUGAAAUAAAUAGCAACAGUUUAAAAAACAAAUAAAUGAAGAUACUUUUUUCUGUUUACUUUUUAAGGUAGUACAAUAGUUCAGUGUAUAUCAAUUUUGCUGCAUUUACAUUUUUCCUUCCUUUUCUUAAUGUUUUAGCCUUUACAUAACCUAAGAUGUAAGAAAGACGUAAAAUGUUUGAAAAUUAUGCUAAAUGUUAUUUACAAAAUACAGCAGUAUGUCUCUAAAUUUUGUAUGCCUGUAAAACAGGAUGUAUUAUGGGAUCACCUGUGACCAUGGUGACCUACAAAAAUGUCUGCUCUGUAGAAUGUUUAAUGUAGUGUCCACCAAACUGGUUCACUUCAUGAGCAUAAUAUCUCAACCAAGCUUGUACCCAUGUGAAAUCAUGUAGUAAUUUUGAAGUUUACUGCUUGAAUUACUCCAAAUAUCGAACAAUUACAUUGUCUGUAGAACUUCAGCAUUUCUUACAAAGCGUUCAUCAGACCUGGUUAUUGUGUUCAUAAUUUAUAUGACAAGUUAGAUAACCAUAUACACUGAUCCAUUUGCUCUGCUGCUAAAGCCAUUGGUCACUUAAACUUGAGAAAAGAUACAGUGUCCACCAAUACUUAAGCUGUUCUUACUGUAACCAGACUUGGUUGCAAUAUAUAAGGGUAUUUUCUUUGGAAAAAUUGAUAUGCAUUGGAUGAUCACAAUAUGUCAGCAGUUAUAGCCUUUAAUUACAAAGAAACUUGGAAAAUUAUAGGUGUCUGCUUAGUAAGCACUUCUAAUCCAUUGUUAACUAAACUCAGUCACAAUGUUUUAGACAUAUUAUCUUGGACAAGUUUGAUUACUGGUACCACCAACACAGUUUUUCUUGCUCUGAAAUUAAGGCCCUUGAAUUACUUGCAAUGGAGAAAAUACACAACUAGUCAAUGAGCUCUGUGUUAUUGUCAAAAGUAAAAUUUUGAUGGGUAUUGUUACAGUUUGGUAUAAUCUUAUAUCAUGAUGUUGAUAGGCAUUCCAACAAAGGAAGUAUUUUUUUCAACAAUUUAAUUUCUAUUUAUUAACAUUGAUGACAAUAAAACUGGAGCAUUGAUGGGUAUCAUCGAUUUCUUGUUAACAUUUUUCUUGGUUUUUAUUGAAUCAUAUAUGUGAUGAAAAUGUUAAUUGCAAACCUUUAAUGACAAAAAAUAAAUUGUUAAUAAGCAA